AUGACAGGGAAAGAUGUUUAUUAUCAUUUUUUGGAAACAAAAGAGCGAGAGGAUGAAAGCAAUAGGCAUCAUAAUCUUGACUUUCGCCUUUAUGAAUUUGAAGUUGUGGAGAAAAAUGAUCGUAGCCCACAACUCCUGUAUUUAUUCCCAUGGGAAAUUAUAAAAGAGAUCACACCCCAAGAUCUGGAACUUCAAUUUGGCAUUGAAUUAAAUGCUAUGCAAGUGAGAGAGCACCUUCUUACGCACUGGAAUUUCGAGGAUAAACAGCGUAUACUUCGUGGGGAGCAGGUUCCUCUUCUGAUGCUUGAUAUCGAUACUCAAACUGAGUAUCCACUAUUUUUCAAGAAAUGGUCUGAUCGUGAAAGAUAUAUGAUACAUGGUUAUGCAUUACUGGAGUUUGUGGCAAAUAGAAAUUUAACCGUGGGUAUGACCAUCGGAAUGUAUUGGCACAAUAAGUCAAGAAUCCUUCGUUUAUCGAUCUUGGACAACUAA